GCGCUGCUGCUGCCUAAUAUUACAGCUGCAGAAACUCAGGAAAGCAACUGGCUUAAUCCGGGCCUGGCUGAGUCUAGGUCUAGAAAAUGAGACUAUACGUGGCCCUGUAUUCUGCAUCUAAGGAGGGGCUUCUGUUACACUGAGUUGUGUAUACUGUAGCCGUAGCACAGUAGAAUAUCAAAUGAUCAUCAAAAAAGAUGCCAAACUACUUCUGAACAAUGAAUCAGCCAGAGAUUUUUUUCAACAUUUAACCCUCCAGUCUUGAUCCGUUCCUCUUUAAAUUAGGGCCUUACAAAAAGCUCUGCAAAUGAUUGUGCUGCAGCAUGCCAGCCCUCCGCCUCAUCCUGAACAGUCUGCUUUUCCUCCAUCCAUUGGAAUGGGCAAAAGGCAAAUAGUAUUUCCUGUGCCAGCUCAACAACCAAGGAGGUUUGUUCAGUCAUCCCUUUCACAGCCCUUGGAGGUGACACAGGAUGAAGAUCUUGCAAAGGUCUUAGAACAAGACCCUUCCCUUGAAGAUCUUUGUAAACCUCUUUCCUGUAAGCUGUGUAAUGUCACUCUGAAUUCUGCCCAGCAAGCCCAGGCUCACUACCAGGGCAAAAAUCAUAGCAAGAAGCUUCGUAAUUACUGUGCAUCCAGCAGUUGCCCUGCUUCAUCGAGGAUGAGUCAAACGUUAGAGACAGAAUCACUCCAAGCUGUACCUGCUUCGCCAAAUAUGACACCCCUAAAAACUGGAGGACGGGUGAUUCUUGCUACUGAAAAUGAUUACUGCAAACUCUGUGAUGCCUCAUUCAGCUCACCAGUAGUAGCUCAGGCUCACUAUAAAGGAAAGAACCACGCCAAGAGGUUACGUCUAGCAGAAACACCAAGUAACUCAUUUGUGGAUUCUGCAGAAAGUAAAAGAAGAGCUCGGAAAGAUGGGAAUGAACAUAAAAUGACGCAGUCUCGAAGAAAUACCUGCACGGUUCAGAAUAAUACAGGUCCCUAUUUCAACCCUCGUUCUCGCCAGAGAAUUCCCAGAGAUCUGGCUAUGUGUGUGACCCCUAGUGGCCAGUUCUACUGUUCAAUGUGCAAUGCAGGUGCUAGCGAGGAGGCGGAGUUCCGGCAGCAUUUGGAGACAAAGCAGCACAAAAGCAAGGUUUCCGAGCAACGCUACCGCAGCGAGAUGGAGAACUUGGGAUACAUGUAGUGAUAAGGCCUCUUUGAAGUUCAUUGGCGUAUCAAUAUGUUUUGUAACCAUUGCUCAUUUACCCUGUUACCAUUUAAUUUGGAGGCCUUUCAAGUGCAGUACCUAACACUUUUCAUUGCCUAAUAAUGUAGCUGCAGUUACGCCGUCACAUGAUUAUAUUACUGAAAGUCAAGUUCACUUAAAGAGUUAUUAUAAACACAAUGCCUUUUGAAAUAAUAGUUCAUCAAAAUAAUACUUCAGUUAUAAUUUAAUGUAGUUAAAAAUCACAUUCUAAAUGUUAGUGAUUGCUAAUAAUGCACUACCUCCAUCUCUAUAUGGUAGGACUUGUAUCUUCUGUUCACACUAUAUUUAGUUAUUAAUAGUGUGUGAUGCUGCUGCUAUUCCAAAGACUCUGGAAGAGACAGUUAUAAACAAUAUAUUUGACCACAUGCUGUUUCAGAUGCACAGGUAAUACUAGAAAAAGAAAGAAUUGCCAAGAUAUUUCACAUUCUAAUCUUGGGACGACAUAUAUAUUGUGAUUUACCACUGAAAAGAUGUUAAAUAGCUCAUCACUGUGUUUGAUACUAGUACUUUGUUACCAAAUGGGCAUUUCAUUAAUUACUGUGCAAUGAGAUGCAGAUAUUACAGAUUGCCAAACAUGUAUAAAUUCAUAUUUUUGCACUUAAUCCCUUUGCUGCAGGAAGAGAUAUAGAAAAUAUCACCUGCAGCUAUAGGGAUAAUUCCCUUGUGGGACUAUGGCCAGUUAAUUCAGAAUUAGUAUUUUUAUAAUUUACAUAUUCUUAUGUAUAUAUCCUUUCAUAACUGUAAUACUUGUAUAUGUGUGUUUGUGUGUGUGUGUGUAUACUUGUAUAUGUGUGUUUGUGUGUGUGUGUGUAUACUUGUAUAUGUGUGUUUGUGUGUGUGUAUACUUGUAUAUGUGUGUUUGUGUGUGUGUGUGUAUAUAUAUAUAUAGUUAGUUACAUGGUUUAAUGUUUGCUUUCCCACUCCUGUGCAUCUAUACAAUAAGUGGAUGUAGCUUGAAGGUGUCCAACCAUUUCAGAACGAACCACAUUAGGUUUUCUUUUUUUUUAUUUCACUUGCAGGGUGGCAAAUAGAUUUUUAGAAUUCUUCUAAUUUGAAUACAAAUGGAUACUUGUAUAUUAAAAAAAACCCAGAAGAGCAAUUAUUUAGUAUAAUGAGCAUGAAAUAAAUACCUCACACAAAGGAAGAUAAAAAUUACACUAAUGAACCAUUCACAAAAAUGAGCAGCUUGUUUGUUGUGGACCCUGGCCAUAAAGGGACAGGAAACCCCAACAUUUCGGGUAGAACAUACAAGUACAUGCAUUUUUCCAAAUUACCUCUUUUAUCAAAUUUGCUUCAUUCUCUUGUUAUUCAUCGCUGAAGGAACAGCAUUGCACAACUGGCUAGCUGAACACAUCUAGUUAGCCAAUCACAAGAGACAAAUGUGUGCAGGCACCAAUUUAGCAGCUAGCUCCCACUAGUGUAGGAUAUGUGCAUAUUGUUAUUCAACAAGGGGUACCAAGAGAACAAAGCACAUUUGAAAACAGUUUAAUUUUGACUUUAAUAUCCCUUUCAAUUGCACACAUUUGAUUUAACACUAGGUCUUUAUCUAGCUGUCCUCAGCAUGUUACCUGCAUGUUAGGCCUUUAUAGACAAUUGAUGGAAUUUCAGAUACUUGAUGUUCUGUGAAUGAAAAAUUCUCAUGGGAAUGUACAAUCAAAGGAAACAAUGUUUAAUGAGAAAGUAUAACAUCUCAAUAGCCUUAUCCUGUGAAGACCAGCACAAUAUCUGAGCUUUUCUAAGAAUAUUUUAACUUCAUAGAUGCUUUUUUGUCAACUCAAAAAAACAACACACAGAUAGAUGGAUGUGAGACUCCAUUUUAGAAAUAAUGAGGGGACUCGUGCCCGACUAACUCAUUGUAAUAGCCAUAACAAUGGCAGUUACCUACCUUAUAUAUUGACUGUAUGAGGCCCUACAGAAUAAAUAAGUAAUUAUUAUCUUCCAAAUGAGUAGUACUGUAUAUGUCCAGCUACCAGGGGAUUAUUAGAACAGUACAUGGCAGCAGUUGUCUCAUUUAUGUGUUAUGGCAGCUCUAAGGAAGCCAGUAUUUCCAAUGUAUCUCCCUUUCAUAUUUAUCUAUAUCUAUCUAUCCAGAUAGAUAGAUAGACAUACAGUAUGUCAUAAGACUCCUCAUUUGAAAGAGUAGUGUCAUAUCAUUUAUAGAAGGACAUUUAAUAUUCAUGCCAUUUAUGUCCUUAUAGUUUUCAGAGAAUGUUUGGUGCAAGAUUUUAUAUUGGGUUUAUGCUUCUUAUCUUUAUUGUGAUAGAAACCUUUAAAUGCUUUAAUGGAUUAACCUGAGGUUGAAAUGAUUUUCUCAAAGAGGGCUACACCAUAACACCAUAACAAGGAUUUUGGUCUGUGAUUUCAUAUUUUAGGAAAAAUGUUAUGGAGUAAUUUGCACAAGCACUUUUUUUGUAGAAAGGGUGAUUGAUUUGUGGAGAAAUGUUGUUGUAGGUAGGGACAAAAACAAUAAGGAAAUUUGAGAGUGCUGUAUGUACAGUAUAUUUCUAUAGGAAAUUUUAGAUAGAUAUAUACACUGACUUGGUAAACUUUCUGAUUCUUAUCUGCUGCCAUAAUGUUCUUAUGCUACAAAAUAACCUUAUGUACUAUGUAGAGCAGCAGAGCCCUAAUUCAUUGCUGAAACAGAAUAUUUUACAAUUUACAAAUUAAAUUUUCUCAGAUGUGAUACUUUUAUCUGUACCCUUUGAAAAGACAGUCGCCUAGAUUACGAGUUUGACGUCAGCCUUAAAAAGCAACGUUGAGAGGUCCCAACGCUGCUUUUUAACGCCCGCUGGUAUUACGAGUCUGACAGGUACAGGUGUAACACUCACUUUUCUUCCGCGACUCAAGGCUACCGCAAAUCCCUUACGUCAAUUGCGUAUCCUAUCUUUUUAAUGGGAUUUGCCUAACGCCAGUAUUACGAGUCUUGGAAUAAGUGAGCGCUAGACCCUCUCCUGUCAAGACUCCUACCGCAUUUAAAAGUCAGUAGUUAAGAGUUUUAUGGGCUAACGCCGUAACAUAAAACUCUUAACUAAAGUGCUACAAAGUACACUAACACCUACCUAUUAACCCCUAAACCGAGCCCCCCCCCCACAUCGGAAACGCUUAAUUAAAUAUAUUAACCCCUAAUCUGCCGAUCAGACAUCACCGCCACUUUAAUAAAUGUAUUAACCCCUAAACCGGCGCACUCCCACCUUGCAAACACUAGUUACAUUUUAUUAACCCCUAAUCUGCCGUCCCUAACAUCGCCGACACCUACUUACAUUUAUUAACCCCUAAUCUGCCACCCCCAACGUCGCCGCUACUAUAUUAAAGGUAUUAACGCCUAAACCUAAGUCUAACCCUAACACCCCCCUAACUUAAAUAUAAUUUAAAUUAAACUAAAUAAAUGUAACAUAGUUAAAUAAAUUAAUCCUAUUUAAAACUAAAUACAUACCUAUAAAAUAAACCUUAAGCUAGCUACAAUAUAACUAAUAGUUACAUUGCAGCUAGCUUAGGAUUUAUAUUUAUUUUACAGGCAACUUUGUAUUUAUUUUUACUAGGUACAAUGGUUAUUAAAUAGUUAUUAACUAUUUAAUAACUACCUAGCUAAAAUAAGUACAAAAGUAAGUAAAAAACCUGUAAUACCAGCGUUGUCUUAAGGGAGCGGUAGGAAAAAAAGGCUUGUUAGCCCCGCAAGCCUUACCGUCAAAAACUCGUAAUCUAGCCGAGUGUUUUUGGGUAGUAGAUUGAAUAGAAGCAGUGACCAAACUGGUCAUCUAGUUUUGUAACCAUAUAUUAGUACAAUCAUGACAGUAUGUUGCUAUGCUGAUUUACCUUCCAGACUUUUAAAGACCACUUUAUAAAAGGCAUUAGCAAAAAAGGAAAAUAGGUCGAUUCUUACUCAUGUAAAAUUGAGCCACAGUGUAAAGUUAUUAAAAUUUUAUUCAACAUAUCAUAAGUUAAAAUAGGAGUUAAUGUUAUUGUCUUUGGGAAUGAAUGUGUUUACCAUGCUUUGGUAUGGUUUGUAAAUUAACGUAGAGUAUUUUUGCUGUUAUAUGUUUAUUAAUAAAAUUAUGUCUUGCUGUAAUAAUGUACAGUAUAAACAUUUACCACAACUCUUUGUAGAAGUGUUUCAUUAACUCUAUUGAACUUGUGUAUACUAUAAAGACAGUGUAUAUAAGACAAUGGAAAUGCUAGGUGGAAACACCCAGAGAGGUGCCGCACUCUUAACUAAUAAGGAGAGUGAAUCGUUAAAACAAUAAAUAUAGGACAAUUGUAAAAUGUUGAACUGACAAUAAGAAUAUUGACACUUUGUUAUAAUAUUGCCACUCUGAAUGAGAUGUUUUGAUACAGUGUCUAGCAACCAAUGUAUAUAACUUAUUAGUCCAUUUAAAAUAUAUUUCUCUGUGUAGAUGUAAAUCCGAUUUCAGAGGCAGCUCCAAUUAUGGAGAGUGAUCUCGGUUCCCCGUGGUGAUCUAAAUCAAGAGAAUAAAGGGGCACCUCAUAGUGAACACUGUGUGCGUAUGGACAAGGAGUAAUAUAAGAUAAAACUCACAAUUUAGUUGGCACUAGUAAAAGUGCA